AUGUCGAUCCCAGAAAGCAACGGCGUGCCCGACAUAUCGAAUUUUCUUGCUUCACGUGAUAAGCUGGAGCCCAUCGCUAUCAUCGGCAUGUCCGCGAAGUUCCCCCAAGAUGCGACCUCGCCAGCGGCGUUCUGGCAGCUGCUCUGCGAGGGGCGCUCAGCCAUGACGGAAGUCCCUGAAGACCGAUGGAAAAUCGAUUCGUUCUAUCAUCCCGAUGCUAACAGGCUUGAUACGCUUAAUGCAAGAGGAGGUCAUUUCCUCGAGGGCGAUGUCGCGGCUUUUGAUGCCCCGUUCUUUUCGAUUCCAAGAACGGAGGCAGUUUCUCUAGACCCGCAGCAGCGGGGCUUGCUGGAAAGCGCGUACAAGGCGCUGGAGAACGCCGGUCUUCCCAUGGAGCAUGUCACGGGCUCUAGGACAGGCGUCUACGUCGGCUGCUAUGCUCACGACUACGACGCUGUGUUCAAUCGUGAUCCCCUCAACAUGACCCGGUAUCAAGCAUCUGGCGUCGGCUCCGCCAUGCUCUCUAACCGUCUGAGCUGGUUCUACAACUUUACCGGCCCUAGCAUGACCAUCGAUACUGCAUGCUCAAGUAGUCUGAAUGCGCUGCACCUUGCAUGUCAGAGUCUUCGAAGCCGCGAAUCUUCCAUGGCACUUGUCGCUGGCAGUAACGUGAUUAUCAACCCCGAAGCCGUGGCAAUCCCGCUGUCCAACCUGUCCCUACUAUCUUCUGACAGCCGCUGCUACAGCUUCGAUGCACGCGCUAACGGCUACUCGCGCGGCGAAGGCAUUGGCGUCAUGGUGCUGAAGCCGCUCUCCUGUGCCAUCCGGGACGGCAACCUCGUCCGCGCUGUCAUCCGCGCCACGGGCUCAAACCAAGACGGCAAAACACCGGGGAUCACGCAGCCCAGCAUGGCUGCGCAGGAGCGGCUGAUACGAGAUACGUAUGCAUCUGGCGGGCUGGACUUAGGAACAACACGCUUCUUUGAGGCACACGGCACGGGCACCCCGAUAGGGGAUCCGGUUGAAGCAAGCGCCAUCGCUGCUGUGUUCCAAAGCGAAAGGAGCAGUGAGAGUCCGCUGUAUAUCGGGGCCGUGAAGUCGAAUAUCGGGCACUUAGAGGGCGCGAGCGGCAUGGCAAGUUUAGUGAAGACGGUACAGAUACUAGAGAAUGGAUUUAUCCCACCAAAUAUCUGGUUUGAGAAGCCGAACCCGGCGAUACCGGUGGAAGAGUGGAAUAUCCGGUUCCCGCUGCAACCUACGCCUUGGCCGAAGUUGGGCCUGCGCAGGGCAUCAAUUAAUUCAUUCAGUUAUGGCGGCUCCAAUGCACAUGUGGUGAUGGAAGAUGCGAGACAUUAUUUGAGUGCGCGCUCUAUUAUGGGAAAGCAUUGUACUGUAGAGAGGCCGCCCGAUGCGAGGGAGCUAAGUGCGAGAUAUGCGACGGUAAGAGACUCGUUCGUGAAUGAUUCAUUGAACAGCAGUGCCUUGAGUAACGGCUCACUACCCAACGGCUCCAAAAGCUUGUGGUGCCAUCAAUCCAAUAGCAAUCAUUCUGUGGACUCAUCGCCUUCUCGCAACCUCUCCAGGCCUCGACUAUUUGUCUGGUCUGCGUCUGAUGAAGCCGGUCUCAAGCGCCAGGCCAUGGUAUACUGCGACCACUUCUCCGAGCUGCCUUCAGCUGCGAAGUCAGAACCCGAUAAGUACAUUGAGGACCUCGCCUACACCCUAGCCACGAAGCGCAGUAGACUACCCUGGAAGUCUUAUGUUACUGCCUCCUCGCUCAGUGACCUCCAGAGCGAUUUGCUUGGGAAACUCUCAAAGCCCGUACGGUCAACAAGUGGCGCGCCGCCGCAGCUCGGUUUCGUCUUUACCGGUCAGGGCGCGCAGUGGCAUGCGAUGGGAAGGGAGCUGCUGACAUAUCCGGUGUUUGAGUGCGCGCUGAGACACAGUGACAUGUACCUGAAGGAGCUGGGGUGCAAGUGGUCGCUGAUUGAGGAACUGCAGCGGGAUAAGGACCAGUCUCAGGUUCAUAGUCCCGAGUUCUCCCAACCCCUGUGCACUGCCCUGCAGAUCGCUCUUGUAGAUCUCCUUGCAUCCUGGAGUAUCCGUCCCCUCGCAGUGAUCGGCCAUUCCUCUGGCGAGAUUGCAGCGGCUUAUUGUGCGCGCGGCCUCUCGCGUGACGCUGCCAUCAAGGUUGCCUAUUUCCGCGGCGUGCUUGCUGCACGGCUAGCAAUCAAUACUCGCGAACACAGUGGCUCGAUGAUGUCUGUGGCGCUGUCAGAGGCAGCACUCCAACCCCAUCUGAAGAAGCUGGACGCCAAGGGAAGCAUUGCCGUAGGCUGUGUUAAUAGUCCUGUCAACUCAACCGUGACAGGCGACGAGGCACUGGUGGAUGAGUUGAAGAAAGUCAUGGAUGACGAGGGUGUGUUUACGCGGAAGUUGAAGGUUGGUGUUGCGUAUCAUUCCACUCAAAUGAAUGCAAUUGCGCAGGAGUAUCGCAGGCUCAUUCACGAUAUUGCUCCUCCAACCGACGUGAUGGAGGCGCCGGCAAUGUUUUCGUCGGUCACUGGCACGUACGUCCCGACUGAUCGCUUAUAUCAAAGCGAGUACUGGGUCUCGAACCUCACGUCGAAGGUCCAAUUUGCUCCUGCCCUGGCUCAGAUGCGUCGCGAAAAAUACCGGCAAAGAGUCGCCCACUUCCUUGAAAUUGGGCCACAUGGCGCGCUCAGGCGACCGAUCAAGGACACCGUGGGCCACAAUUCUCACUACUUCUCUAUGCUGCAUGCCGGUACUUCUGCCUUGCAGAGCUCUCUUGAUCUGAUAGGCCAGCUGCACUGUCAUGGUUACACGGUCAAUCUCACCGCAGUUAAUUCCCCAACAUGCUCGGAAGCAGACCUUAGUAUGCUAAUCGACCUGCCCGAGUAUCAGUUCAAUCAUUCCCAGGUCUACUGGCAUGAGAGCCGCAUCAGCCGCAACUUCCGCUUCCGGCAACACCCUCGCCACGAGUUACUGGGAACGCCAUCUGCGGAUUGGAAUUCGCUGGAGGCGAAGUGGCGUAAUAUCAUCAAGCGGUCCGAAAAUCCUUGGGUCAGCGAACAUAAAAGCAACGAGACUGAGCUGUACCCCGGCGCCGGCAUGGUGGUCAUGGCCAUGGAGGCGGCGCGCCAGAUUGCAAGGGACCCGGCGGCGAUACAGGGGUACAGGCUCAAGGAUGUGCGCUUUUCGAAGGCGUUGCUCCUACCGUUGGAUUCCGAGGCGGACGUGGAGACGCAGUUUCAUAUGAGGCCUGGGAAGGUCGGUAACGCGGCGGAGGAGAAGAACGAUUUUCGACUGACCAUGCUUUCCAAUGAUGAGUGGGUUGAGGUGUGUUGCGGCGUGGUAACCGUGGAGUAUGAAGAGGCACUGGAUGAGGUCAACAACAGCUACCAGAGCAGCAAAGAGGGGGAUAGUUACAAAGACAUCUACGUGUCCGGAAUUAAGACGUGUAAACGUAAUAUCGCCUCCAAGCAGCUGUACGACAAUCUCGCCAGCUUCGGCUUCAACUUUGGGCCCACCUUCCAAAACCUCAAAGAUGUCUCCUACGGCCAUAAGGGCGAAGCGACCGCUUCGGUGGCACUGCGCGACUGGAUGGAGAAAGUCCCCAAAGGCACCGAGAUCAUCCAGCCUCAUGUUAUACACCCCACGACGUUGGACUCAGUCUUUCACCUCGCGGUCGUGGGCCUCACCAAGGGGGGAUGGGAGCCUGUCCCCACAAUCGUGCCAACAAUGAUCCUGGACAUGUGGGUAUCCAACGAGCUUCUCACCAGGACCACAUUGAAGCACGGCAAGGCGUUCGCAAGAUCCUCGUGGAAUGGCUACCGCGAGGUGGAUUCAAAAAUCGUGCUGCUUCAUCCGGAAACCGAAGAGACCCUGCUGGCGAUUGAUUCCUAUCGCGGGACAGUUGUGGGGAGCCUGGAUGCAUACAGAUGGAGACGCCUGUGCUUUGGAAUUGACUGGAAGCCAGAUGUGGACAUGCUCAGUACCGAGCAGCUCGGCACACUUUGCGAGAAUGCAGCGAAGUUAGCACAUGGAGAGAGCGGUGUGAUAGAUGUGAUCGAUCGGUGCGAGCUCACGUGUCUUUAUUUUAUGCAGUCGGCGCUGCUGGCGGUGGAGACGGACUAUACGUACUCGUCACCAGUCCUGCAGACCUACGUUGCAUGGAUGAAGCAUUGUCGCUCCGAGAGCGGCUUCGAGCAUCUUUUGGCGACUCCAGAGCUGGAAAAUCUGCGCUCUGACGAGACGUACCGGGAGGCCUUUUUUUCCGACUUGGAAAACAGCAGUCCCGAGGGAAAACUCUACGUGACCGUCGGCCGCCAGCUGCUCAGUAUCCUUCAUGGCGAAGUCGACCCGCUCGAAAUCCUAUUCAGCGACGACAUGAUGUCACAAUUCUAUAGUGGCAACCUGUUUAUGAUCAGCUACCGCAAGAUGAUGGCAUAUUUGGAGCUACUUUCGCACAAGAACCCCAGCCUGUCAGUUCUUGAAAUCGGCGCCGGGACCGGCGGAGCUACACAAUUCGCGUUGCAGGCAAUGGGGCCACAAGAUCCCACGCACGAGCAUGGGACUCCCAAGUACGAGCAGUAUACCUACACUGACAUUUCCCCAAAGUUCUUCGAAGACGCGAAGCAGCGAUUCAGAGUCCAUGCUGGGCGAAUGGUGUUUAAAACUCUGGAUAUCGAGAAAGACCCAGUUGCACAGGGUUUUGAGAUGGGGACAUACGAUCUUGUGAUUGCGUCAUGUGUACUGCACGCCACUGGAUGUAUAGAUACCACACUAGCAAAUGUGCGGAAGCUAUUGAAGCCGGGGGGGAAGAUGGUGCUGAUCGAACCGACUAACGUGCACUCCGUCCGCACGACUUUUGUUUUUGGGCUAUUGCCCGGCUGGUGGCUUUCGAAAGAGAAGCACCGGCAGGGGGGACCGCUGCUAUCGGACGAGACAUGGAACUAUACGUUGGGCAGAAAUGGUUUCUCCGGCGCGGAUAUCUGUCUUCCUGAUCAGGAUCCUGCAUGGCAUACGUGCAGCGUGAUAAUGUCGACGGCAGAUAAAGCGGAAGUGUUGGCGCCUACGGUCUCUAUCCCUCACACAAUGAUUGUCAUUGCACAGGACUGUCCGAUACAAAACCAAAUCGCCCAAGAUCUUAAACGUCAGUUACUAGUUCUUGGGGCCCUGGGUUGCCGAAUCAGCACAAUCGGAGAAAUCAUCAGUGCAACGGAUCUGAGUGGAGAUUUUUGCAUCUUCCUCCCGGAGAUUGAAAAACCAUACCUGUAUGGCGUCAGCGAGGAGGAAUUUGUCAGCUUGAAGCACAUCACCACAUCUGCACGUGGGAUCUUAUGGAUCACCAAGGAUAACGAGCGAAUCAGAAACCCAGAGCUUGAACUCGUUAUGGGCUUCAGCCGCUCCAUACGCUCAGAAUUCAGCGAUUUGACUUUCGUGACGCUAGCUCUUGAGCCCGAGCCUGAAAGUACAAGCGUAGCCAACAUGCUCAAGGUGUACCGGGCUAUCUUAUCCGCGCCGCAGGAGCAAGUCGAGUCCGAGUACCAAUCGCAGCAUGGACUACUAUGCAUCAACCGGCUCGUUGAGAACCACUCUCUCAACGAUCACAUUUACUCCAAGCUGGCCCGCCAGAAUUCUGAGCCGCGUCCGUUUAGCGAGGAUGCGUCACGCCCAUUGCUAUUGACCAUCGGCUCGCCCGGCCUCCUUGAUACGCUGUGUUUCGUGGAUGACGACGGGGUCACCGAGCCGUUGGGCCCGCUCGACAUAGAAGUCAAGGUGGAGGCUGUGGGCGUCAACUUUCGUGACGUUAUGACCGCGCUGGGCCAGCUGCCUAGCAAGGACCUCGGAUUGGAGGGCGCCGGCACAGUAACACGUGUGGGGGCAAGCGUUGAUCCAGCACAGAUCAAGCCGGGGGAUCGAGUCUGCUUCGUCUCGCCGGGUGCGUAUAAGACUUAUGCAAGGUGUACGGCGAGUACGAUAGCGCGGAUCCCGGACGAUAUGCCUUUUGUGACUGCGGCUUCGUUGCCGAUCGUCUUCUGCACCGCGUAUUACGCACUGUUCCACAUCGCGCACAUCAGCCACGGUGAGUCCAUACUCAUCCACUCGGCGGCUGGUGGGGUGGGCCAGGCGGCGAUUCAGCUGGCCAAAAGUGUCGGCGCGGAGAUCUUCGCCACAGUAGGAUCAAGCGAGAAGAAGGAGCUGCUGAUGCAGACCUAUGAUAUCCCAGCCGAUCAUAUCUUCUCCAGCCGUAAUGUGUCGUUCGCACGGGGCAUUAAGCGCAUGACGCACAACCGCGGUGUGAAUAUAGUGCUUAACUCGCUCUCAGGUGAGAAGUUGAAGGUCUCAUUCGAAUGCAUCGCGCCGAUGGGGCGCUUUCUUGAGAUUGGGAAGAAGGAUAUGGCCGAGCGUGCGGACCUACCUAUGGCACCGUUCCUGGCAAACGUCAUGUUCGCCAGCGUCGAUCUGGGCGUGUUGACGAAACAUGCUCCGGAUGUGAUGCGCGAGCUGAUGGAGACGGUGGUGAAGCUGACGAAGACGUGCCCGCCCGUUGUGAGGGCGCCGGUGCCGCUGCACGUUCGGUCCAUCAACGAAAUCGAGGUAGCGAUGCGAUAUUUGCAGGGUGGCAAGAACACAGGGAAAACGGUCAUUGAGAUGGAGAGCGGUGGGAUUGUACCGGUACUAAGGCGGCUCGAAUCCUCAUGGACACUUGACUCGAACGCUACCUAUUUAAUCACAGGCGGGCUUGGUGGCCUGGGCCGCACCAUUGCGCGCUGGAUGGUGAGCAGGGGAGCCAAACAUCUCCUCCUGCUCUCCCGCUCCGGCGCCCAAACCCCCGUUGCCGUGGCGUUUCUGAAAGAGCUUACAGCUAAUGGUGUAGAUGCGCGAGCGCCCCUGUGUGACAUCAGCGACAAGGAGAUGCUGAAGUGCGUGUUAGACGAGCAGGGAAAGACGAUGCCGCCGAUUAAGGGCUGCAUCCAAGCCUCGAUGGUGUUGAGGGACUCGAUCCUAGAGAAGAUGACGUCCCAAGAUUUUAAUGCACCUCUAGCCCCUAAAGUCACCGGUUCAUGGAAUCUCCACACACACCUUCCGCCGUCUCUUACCUUCUUCAUCCUGCUUUCUUCCUCCGGCGGCGUGAUUGGCAACCCAGGGCAGAGCAAUUACACAUCUGCCAAUACGUAUCAAGACUCGUUAGCACGCCACCUCAGCGCACGCGGCCGAAGAUGCAUCUCACUGAACCUGGGCCUCAUGACCGAGGCCGGCUUCGUGGCCGAGCGCCAGCAGCUGAUGACCGCUUUCAAAGUCUCAGGCCACGAGGGGAUUCGCAACGCGGAGCUCUUCGCCAUAUUGGACUACGUGUGUGAUCCGACACGAGGCGUCCUACCGCCGCAGGACUCGCAAAUCGUUUUAGGCGCCGGGACACCUGCGUCCAUGAAAGCCAAGGGAUUUGACGAGCUGCUUUGGAUGCGCAGACCGCUUUUUCGCAAUCUAAUGCAGAUGGAUCGGCUCGUCUCCAACACCGAUACAGAUGACUCGAUAAAGACGGAAGUGAACACCACAGCGCUGUUGCGCAAGGUGGAGACGCUUGACGCGGCCAUAGAGCUUGUAGAGAAGGCGCUAGUGAGGAAGUUGGCAAAUGCGCUGUGUAUCUUGGAGGAGGACGUGGAGGUGGCGAAGCCCGUGCAUGCGUAUGGGGUGGACUCGCUGGUCGCAGUGGAAUUGCGUAACUGGUUCCUGAAGGAGUUGAACGCCGAGGUCACAGUUAUUGAUAUCGUGGGUGCGGCGAGCGUUCAGGAGCUGAUUAGAAUGGCAACAGAGAGUAUUAAGCCUUUGCAGGGUAGCUUAAGAAGGGUGCAGGUAAGUAUGGAGUGA